AUGCGGUCAGCGCUGGCCUUCCUCGCCGGCCUUUCCCCGGUGGCUGCGCAGUACCUGGUCAAUGAGCUUAGCUUUGGCUACAACAACAGGCAAGCCGAAUUGAUAAGUCCUAACAAUGACGGGUCCAUACCGGGCUUCGCCCUCCACGGCAACCCUACCUGGCCAGAGAUCCUCUCCAACAAGAUAAUCCUCACUCCCCCUGCACCUGGUAACUACCGAUCCUCCGUAUGGGCCGAUAGACCACUCCAACACACACAAUGGGUCGCCGACGUCGACUUUCGCGCCAAUGGGCCAGAGCGCGCGGGCGGCAAUCUCAACAUCUGGCUGGUGCGAGACGGCCAACAGGACGUCGGCCUCAGCUCCAUCUACACUGUUGGCAAGUUUGAGGGUCUCGCUCUGGUGAUCGACACAUACGGCGGCAGCUCAGGCAUGGUGCGAGGGUUCCUCAAUGACGGCAGCAAAGACUUCCAGAAGAUCUCGGUAGACGGGCAAUCCUUCGGUCACUGCAACCACGCCUACCGCAACUUAGGCCGGCCCUCGCAGAUCAAGUUCCGCCAGACAGCCAACAACUUCAAGGUGGAGAUCGACGGUGUGCUUUGCUUCGAGAGCGACAAGAUCAGCAUACCCGCCGGGUACAAGCUUGGAAUCACAGCCGCCAGCGCGGACAAUCCCGACUCGUUCGAGAUCUUCAAGAUGGUCCUCAUGACCGACAAUCUCGACCCGGGCCAGGACAAGCAGCAGGCCGCAGUCCAGCAGGACGGCAUGUUUGGUAACCAGGGGCAGCAGCAGCAGCAGCCGAUGGGAGGAAACCCACCCUCUGGCCGUUGGGACUCGGGCUUCGAGGAUGACAUCCCCGACGCGACCGCCGACUCCAUCACCAGCUCAAAGGCUCAGUUCGCCGACCUGCACACCCGGAUCCAGAGCGUGAACCACCACCUCUCCACCAUCUUCCGCGCGGUCGCGAAGCAGGACUCGGUCGGCGAGAUCCGCCACGGCGAGGUUUCUGGGCAGAUCGCAGAGCUCAAGGGCUUGUUGUCCAAAUUGGACCGGCUUGGCGACCUGGAGAACAAGAUCUCGAGCCUUGAGUCCGAGGUCCGGAGGCUGAAGGGAGAUGUGACAUCCAAGGUGAGCUCCUCGGAGCACGCGAUCAAGGGGCUGGUCAGCGACAGCCACCAGACGAUCAGGGAUACUGUCAAGGAACACGCAUCACCAGGUCAUGGGCGUCUGAUCGCUGUGAUCAUCGGCAGCCAGGUCGUGUUGGUCGCUGGGUACGUGUAUUACAAGAAGAAGAAGUCAACGCCGAAGAAGUAUUUGUAG